AUGGCGACCGAGUUGACCGUCCAGUCCGAGCGCGCUUUCCAGAAGCAGCCUCACAUCUUCCAGAACUCGAAGUCUCAGGCCAAGUCCAAGAAGGCUGGUCAGACCCGCCGCUGGUACAAGGAUGUCGGUCUCGGUUUCCGUACCCCCAAGACCGCCAUUGAGGGCAACUACAUCGACAAGAAGUGCCCCUUCACCGGUCUCGUCUCCAUCCGUGGCCGUAUCCUGACCGGCCGUGUUGUGUCCACCAAGAUGCACCGCACCAUCGUCAUCCGCCGUGAAUACCUCCACUACGUCCCCAAGUACAACCGUUACGAGAAGCGCCACAAGAACCUGGCUGCUCACGUCUCCCCCGCUUUCCGUGUUGAGGAGGGUGACUGGGUCACCGUCGGCCAGUGCCGUCCUCUCUCCAAGACUGUCCGCUUCAACGUCCUGCGUGUCCUGCCCCGCACUGGCAAGGCCGUCAAGUCUUUCAGCAAGUUCUAA